ACAAUUAGUUUUUACCAAUUGGACCAUAUUGCAGAAAUAUUACUGAAGGCUUUGUUCCAGAUUUUUUUAAGUUUUGAAGUGCGAUAAAUUAAAAAAAAAGAUAAGAUAAUCGUUUAAAGAUAAGUAAGCACCAUGGAUUUUAUAAUGGAUGUCACAAAAGACUCCGAAGAACCGGAAUGGCUAGAAAAGAAUGUUGUUGGCGAUCUAAGAUUGUGGCAGAUAAUGUUCCUUUGUUUGGCUGGUGUGACAUCACUAAUUGUAAUGGUAUGCUGCUGCUUCCGAUUCCGGAUCCCGCGCACGAAACAGCAGAUAGAAGCGGACUACCAGCGGAGGAAGAUCACUUCCAAGUUUCGGCAGCAGCUCGAGACCAUACAGGACUCCAAGAUGGACGCCAUGUCACUGAAAGAUGGUGACUUCACUCUUGAAUCUAAUCUAAUAGAUAAGAUACGAGAUUGUAUUCACGUAUUUUGUCUCGCAUUAUCUUACUACUGUACCUGCAUUACCUGUCGCAUUAUUCUUCCACGCAAGCCUUGGAACUUCUGCACGAGAAGAAGAAAGACAUGGAGGGAAAUAACCAGCAAGGAUCGCAGCAUAGCUCCAUCAUGUCGCCGCAGCAAAGUUCCCUUGACGCAUCGUUUCAGCCGGAGGGAGGUCAGAAGCCAGAGCCUCAAGUUUCGGGGCUUAAUUUUGUUAAGUUCGCAACUAAAGUGGCCAAUCUGUCCAAACUGGGCGCGCCUAAAUCACCUACGUCGCCGACACCGUCAGAUAAUAAGAUGAAUUUUUAAAUAUAUAAAACUAUAAUUAUAAAACAUAUAGUUUAUCAAUCAUCAGUAUAUAGAAUGAAAUGAAAAGGGUUAAAAAAGCCAUGAUUCGCGUCAGAAUAAAAAUUCUAAGGAAUCACUUAUUGCUGAUAUGAAAUGAUAUUUUUAGAGGAUUUCUAUGUUAAGUGGUUAAAAUAAAUAAUCAAAUUGCA